ACAAGCGGCGCGUUCUGCAGGCGGCGGCGGGAGAAGAAAGGCCGCCUUGUCCGUCCGAGCAGUGGGGCGCCGGCUGGGGCGGCCGCGCUCCCGCCCCGCAUUCCUCCAGCGGAGCGGCUGGAGAGGGGCUGCGUCCCCAGCAGCACGGGCUGGGCUGGCGCGGGCGUCCCCUGGGUGCUGACGAGACAGCCCGUGUCCGGUACCAUCCGACGCCUCCAGGAAGGCACCAUGGAGGCAUCUGGCAGGACCCCCAUCAGCCCAACCCACAGAGUCCAGGCUGUCAUCCAGAACAGUCCCCUGGACCUAAUUGACACGGGCAAGGGGCUGAAAGUGCAGACAGAGAAGCCACAUUUGGUGAGCCUGGGCAGCGGUCGGCUCAGCACUGCUGUCACACUCCUGCCCCUGGAGGAAGGGAGGACCACCAUUGGCACGGCUGGGACAGACAUCGUCCUGCAGGGUGCCGGGCUGGCGCCCCAGCACUGCUACAUCGAGAAUGUGCGAGGGACACUCACCCUGCACCCCUGUGGCAACGCCUGUGCCGUUGACGGCGUGCCGCUGCAGCGGCCCACGCACCUCACCCAAGGGUGCACCAUCUGCCUGGGCCAGGCCACCUUCCUCCGCUUCAACCACCCUGCUGAGGCCAAGUGGAUUAAGAGCAUGAUCCCCGCAGGGGGCAGGAACCCAUCGGCUCUCUAUGGGCUACCAGCAAAAUCCGAGGCCCUGGUGAAUGGUGGCCACCAGCUGUCGGAGCGUGGGUGUCACAGCCACAGCUCCCUUGUCAGCUCCAUCGAGAAGGACCUGCAGGACAUCAUGGACUCACUGGUGCUGGAGGAGUCUGCAUCCCCUGGCAUCCAGAGGCCGUCUGCCUGCGGCCGAUCCCCCCUCUCCCCUGUGGUGAAUGGGGGUGGCCGCUGCCUCCUGUCCCCUCCACCCAGCCCUGGGGCCGCCUCAGGGGGCUCCAGCUAUGAGAACUUCUCUCCCCUCUCCUCCCCGGCCAGCAGCAGUAGCUACACCAGCCCCUCACUCAGCAGCCAAGAGCAAGGCCCAGCUGUGCCGCCCCCUCUCCCACUGCGCUCCUCCAGCUACAACCACACUGUCCAGCCCCCCGCUCUGCCUGCUGGGGGUUCUGGUGAGCCCUGGCCAGCUGAGAGGCUCGGGGACCACCGAGGGGGCAGCCCCCGGCUGACGCCCAGGGUGGCGCCGCGGCCCCGGGUGGCCCUGCAGGAGCGGCCCCCCAGUCCCUUCCGGGAGCCACGGGACUCUCUGGCCCCCGGCCGGCAGCCCACCAGCAGGGCAGCCCCAGAGGCCCGGCUGCAGCCCCCUGAGAGCCCACGGGUUGCCCGGAGGAACCUUGAGAGCAUGCGGGAGCUGCCUCCCCUGAGUCCCUCCUUGUCACGCCGGGCUGCCAGCCCCCGGCUGGCCCCUGACACCCCCUCCCCGCAGCCCCGGCUGGGCAGGGAGGUGCCUGGCAGUCCCCGUGCCAGGCGCAAGGGCCCGGAGGAGUCGAAAGGUGCUGGGGGUCCUUCACCCCCGCUGCUGUCAGAGAACCCCACGCGCCGUCCCAGUUUCAGUACUUGCCUGAGCCCCACAUACGGGCUGGGCUCCCCGGCUGUGCCCUCACCCCGGCAGAGCCCCCGCACUCCCAGGAAGCCUUUGGGGGACCCACGGCUGCCAGCGGGCUCACGGGAGCGCAAGAACAGCAUCACUGAGAUCAGUGACAACGAGGAUGAACUGCUGGAGUACCAUCGGCGGCAGCGGCAGGAGCGAGUUCGGGAGCAAGAGAUGGAGCGCCUGGAGCGGCAGCGCCUGGAGACCAUCCUGAACCUCUGUGCCGAGUACACCAAGACAGACGGCACUGAGCCCGGUGACGUGCACAGGCUCCUGGCUGGUGACACGGAUGCUGGCCAGUGGGUGCCCAGGGGUGCCGUGCCUCUGGGCCACGCUGUCGAAGAGCUGCAGCAGAGGGAGAGCGUGGAGAGAUCGGAUGAGGAGAACCUGAAGGAGGAGUGCAGCAGCACUGAGAGUACCCACCACGAGCACGAGAAGCUGACAGGCCCCCGGGCAAAGGAGGCACAGCGGCUGGAGGAGGAGCGUGCCGGUGUCCUCGGACGCCUGGACCAGCUGAAGGGUCGUGUCAAGGAGCUGGAGCAGCAGCUGCAGGAGACAUCGCGAGAGGCAGAGAUGGAGCGGGCGCUGCUGCAGGGUGAGCGGGAGUCAGAGGUGGUGCGGCUGCGGCAGGAGCAGGAGGCAGCGCAGCAGCUGCAGGAGAAGCUCUCCAGCCUGGAUGCCAGCAUCCGCAAGGAGCGGGACAAGGAAAGGGCAAAGGUUGAUGCUGAAAGGAAGGAGCUAGAGCAACUCCAGGCGCUUUACCAUGAGUCGAAGAGCCACCUUGCUAAGUGCCCCGAGUCAAUGCGGGAGCAAUUGCAGGAGCAGAUGCGAAGGGAGGCAGAGGCACUGGAGACGGAGGCCAAGCUGUUUGAGGACCUGGAGUUCCAGCAGCUGGAGCGAGAGAGCCACCUGGAAGAGGAGCGGGAGGCGCGAGGCCAGCAGCUGCUGCAGAGCCGGGCCGAGUGCCACCGCAGCAUCGCCCGCAGGAAGGAGCGGGUGGCUGCCCUGGAUGCCCAGGCUGCCCAGAUCCGGCUGCAGAGUGCGCAGGAGGCCGAGCGCCUGGCCAGGGAGCGCAGCAGUGUCCUGCAGCUCCUGCAGAAGGAGAAGGAGAAGCUCGUGUCUCUGGAGAGGCGAUACCAGCUUGUCACAGGUGGCAGGAGCUUCCCAAAAAUGUCGUCAGCUCUCCGAGAGGAGACCCUCCACAUCUCAGAACCUUAUGAGCUGUUGGAGGGACCUAAGCCCCUGAGCCCCCUGCCAGCAGCAGCUGCCUCCUUAGCUUCUCCUGCCACCUACUCCUAUCCCAAGGCACAAGAGGAGUACAUGAGGCUGUCUGACGUUUUCAGGUUCUGCAGUAAUGCACAUGGCCCCAGCCUGGACACUAAAGCUUCUGCUGCUGCCCCUGCUGCCGCUCAGAGCUCUUUCUUGCUUGCUGUAGCUCCCACAGCCAACGAGUAUGUGACCGUAGAGCAGCUCUCAGGUAUCCUGGGCAGCCUCCACACCCCUGCUGCUUCCCUGCUGGGCUGUACCCCUCCAGCUCCUUCAUCCUCAGGCUGUGCUCCUCCUCUUCCAUCUCUCCCUUCUCCCUUCGUCUCUGCAGAGAUGGAGCAGCAGCUGUUGGGAGGCCCUGUGUGUCUCCCGGCUCUUGAUUUAGAGAAGUGGUACCAGGAGGUUAUGGCUGGCUUUGAGACCUCCUCUUCCUCUGUCUCUCCUUCUUCUUCCCCUCCUCCACUUCCAGCUAAAGCUCACUCCUCUCACAAGGCUCUGCAGGUCUAUCGUGCAAAAGCAGAGGGUGCUGCUGGUGUCCUCACGCCUCGGAUGAAGAGUGGGACCCCUUCGUCCUCGCAGCUCAACCUCUCCGUGCUGGAGCGCAGCCCCUCCCCCAAGGGCCCCCCCAGCCCGGUGGGCAGCCUGUCCCGCAACCUGGUGGCCACACUGCAGGACAUCGAGACCAAGCGACAGCUGGCCCUGCAGCAGAAGGGUCGGCAGGUGAUUGAGGAGCAGAAACGGCGGCUGGCAGAGCUGAAGCAAAAAGCGGCUGCCGAGGCGCAGUCCCAGUGGGAAGCCCUGCAUGGGCAGCCCCCCUUCCCCACUGCCUUCCCCCGGCUUGUGCACCACUCCAUCCUCCACCACAGCCGUCCUCAUGGUGCCGGGCCCCGGGCUGAGGAGCUGGACCAUGCAUACGACACACUCAGCCUGGAGAGCUCAGACAGCAUGGACACCAGCAUCUCCAUCGGCAACAACUCUGCGUGCUCGCCUGACAACAUCUCCAGUGCCAGCGGGAUGGAGACAGGGAAGAUUGAGGAGAUGGAGAAGAUGCUGAAGGAAGCACACGAGGAGAAGUCGCGGUUGAUGGAGUCCCGGGAGCGGGAGAUGGAGCUGCGCCAGCAGGCGCUGGAGGAUGAGCGCUGGCGGCGGGAGCAGCUGGAACGCCGCCUGCAGGAUGAGACCGCGCGGCGGCAGAAGCUGGUGGAGAAGGAGGUCAAACUGCGGGAGAAGCACUUCUCACAGGCUCGUCCCCUGACACGGUACCUCCCCAUCCGCAAGGAGGAUUUCAACCUGCGGCUGCACAUCGAGUCUUCGGGCCACAACGUUGACACCUGCUACCACAUCAUCCUGACAGAGAAGAUGUGCAAGGGCUACCUGGUCAAGAUGGGUGGGAAGAUCAAAUCUUGGAAGAAGCGCUGGUUCGUCUUUGACCGCAUGAAGCGCACCCUCUCCUACUACGUGGAUAAACAUGAGACGAAGCUGAAGGGUGUUAUCUACUUCCAAGCCAUUGAAGAGGUUUACUAUGACCACCUCCGCAGUGCUGCCAAGAGCCCCAACCCUGCGCUCACUUUCUGUGUCAAGACCCACGACCGACUCUACUACAUGGUGGCACCAUCAGCCGAGGCCAUGCGCAUCUGGAUGGACGUCAUUGUCACCGGGGCAGAGGGCUAUACCCAGUUCAUGAACUGAGGGCGGUGCUGUGCAUCCCCGAUCCACCAGCUGCAUGGACUUGCGAGCAUCCCAAGCAGCAAGGAGCUCCUGAGGGACCACGGUCCCUGCUACUGCCUCCUGCCAAGGGCUAUGCACACUGACGUCCUGGACCUGCGUUGGGCACAGCUGGGUGGUCCUGAGUGUUGCCUGUCCAGGCAAGGGAAUAAGGGUUUUUUAAUGCUGACUUUCUAGGAACAAACGUUAUUGGAACAAUAUCAAAGUGCUGAAAUGUAAAAAGCUGCCAAAGAGCUGCUGGGGCCCGAGCCCUGUGCCUUGAGGCUCAUGCUGAUUGUUGCUGCCAUAGCGUUCCAGGGAAGGGGACGGUGAGACCCUCCUGCCCCGUGCGGCCAGGAUGUCCCACUGUGGUAGACUCAGACCUCUUUUGUAAACCUUUUGUAAUUUCGGAGCGUUGCCCCCCUGUGCUGGGGCCAGAUGGGGGUUGUGGCGCUGACUGCCCGGUCAUAAAGCAUUUGUGAACCAGGCUCUCCCUUCUGCAUGGCCUCUGCACUGGCAGCACAGUGCAGACGGACCGGGGUCUGCCCCGGGGCUGGGGGGCACCAGGCAGGGCUGGGAGGGAGCUGAAGGGCACGGCAUCGAGCACCAGAGAUCGCGGGCACCGCGGCACGGGGCAGGAGC